CUGUGAAUCAGUGUCAGUGGUAUGCCGUUCAAGUCUUUGUAAUACCCUGCUCACCAUCAUGUCCGUCAAACCGAUCACAUCUCAUAGCCAGUUCAUUUCCAUUAUAAUGGAAGAGGGAAAGACUGUCAUCGUAGAUUUCGUAUCCGAAAGGUGUCCCCAUUGUAAAGCCAUCGCCCCCACCUUUGAUGAGCUCGCAAACAAGUUCUCGUCGGACAAAAUCGAAUUUUACGUUAUUGACGCCGAAAAAGUCGACGAUGUCAGCUUCGAAGUUGGUGGCAUAACGAGCUAUCCUACAUUCAUCGCAUUUAAGGACGGUAAUAAGAUGGAGGAAUCCACGUUUGGUGCUGCUCGCGAGAGGCUGCAGUAUGAUACCGCCGCCGUUGGAGGAAGUCAAGCCCUCGACUGCACCCUGAGCGAGUCCCUUCUCAAAGUUCCACUGAUUCUCUCGUCCGCUAUCGCGCUGCACGUAUCGUUCACGACCGGAAAUCUUCCUUCAAGUAAAGAGGUUGUUCGUCAAACGUUCAACGAGUGGAUCUUCACUCUGCUUGUUAAAUACGGGUUUCCGACCAUAAAGGCAUUUUACUGGGUUGUUUCCUUCGCAGAAAUCGCUACUAUCGCCUAUCAUACAACAGACCCCAACUCUGUUUCCGCGAUACAGGACACACCCAUUACUUUCCUUUUUGUUUUCGGCACUGCACUCGCUAUCACGGGGGGUCUCAUCCGCUGUGUCCGUGAAGGGCAACACGUUAUAACGACCGGGCCAUAUGCGGUCAUACGCCAUCCAGCCUAUACGGCAGGCCUGGCAGAGAUCAUAGGCCUAUUGAUCCUACACGGAUCGGCCAAUUCAUGGCUUAGAUACUCAGGCGUUUUGGAUAUCCCUGGACUGAAAGUGAUCGUGGUAGCAUGGCUGGCGGAGAUCGCUCUUCUUACGAUAAGCGUCGUGUUCAGGGUCAGUCAGGAGGAUGAAAUCCUGAAAUCAGGUUUCAGAGAUGAGUGGGAGGCGUGGGCAAAGGCACGCACGGAUCAUGCUAUCAUUGUGCGGCGAGAACCGUCUACAACUCUCCCCUAUCAAAGGGAACGUCAAUAUUCCUUCGUCUAUGAAGGGCUGUCUAUGGGAGCCCAGCUCUACAGUUACAUGGCAGGUUAA